GGAAUACAGACUGCGCUCUCCAUUCCAAAGAACUUAGAUUUCACUUCUAUUGUCGAAACAAUUAUUCAGUCCCUUUCUCUGGGACCUGCUUCCAUCCCUUCAUCGCGGCUUAUCUCCAAGCAAGCUUCCGAUGACUUCAUUCCAGUUGCCCGCAGUGCUGCCAGUUCCGAAAUUGUAGCCUCACAACCUGUUCACACUGCCGACCCCUCGGACCACUUGGUCAGUCCUCCACCACUUCAUAGACUCCAAAACGCCACUUCCAGCGAGUCGGAAACUUCCACAGCGAUCGACCGCAUUGCCUCAAGCAGCUGCUCCGACGCAGGACUAGUACUUUCUCUUGACUUUAGCUCAACCCAGACGAGUACAGACUCAGGCCUCUGCAGCAGCGGGAAUAGCGCAACUGAGCCGCAGCGCCUUGAUGACACUCUUCUUCAACAAAGCAGCCGUGAUCAGCAGCAUCAACUUCAUCAGAUGUCCCUAACCACCUUUCCGGAUGAAAAUGUUGACACUCUUUCCCAGCCAGUUGAUUUGGACGCAACUUCUGGACAUGCUAGCAUGAUUGGCUCGUUACUAGACAGUCAGCCUUCUUCAUCUCCCAUUCCGUCACUCGCUGAGCCAACUCAUCUACCUUCCGCCUCUUUGUCAUCCACAUCCUCUUCAUCUUCAUCCUCUGCCUUCUCUUCUGCUGCUCAUGCCUUACACUCCCUUGACAAUGAAGAUGGGAAACAGCCAGUGACAACUUUUAAUCUGCCUGCUCAGCUCUGUUUGCCUAGUCUUGACGCCUGCAGUGUAUCUCGUUGUCCCGACGCCUACCCUCAUCACAGUCUAUUUCUUUGUGCUUACUGUCGCCAGCCACAAUCAUUAUCCAUUUAUGCCAGACGUAGCUUAUUUGUGGAAUCUCUGGAAGCGAUCGGAGAUGCUUCGGUGUAA